GGGGAGUUGAAAAGAACUAAGCGUGUGCAUUGCAAUAUUCCUUUCGCUUUAUUGCAGUGUAUGAAAGUGCCGGCAGUAGAUCAAGAUUGAAUCUCUCUUGAUAAGGUCACAUUGUCAGAACAUAUUGCUCUUCCUCUACAUGCCUCGUCAGCAAAUUGAACUUAGUGAUAUUGACUGUGGGAAGGUAGACACGUCCCCUGAGAAGGUGUGCGACCGUCGCCAGCACCCGUAGCAGCGCCAUCACGAACGGGAACAGUUGUGCUCCGACUGUCUGACAGUACCGAGAGAGCGAGAGGCCGCGUCAGCCACAACUCACACCUGACUCGCACACGUGGCGAGGGCGCGUGUGUACGUGCUCUCCGCGCUGUAGGUGGCUGGAGGACUGGCGAGGGGCCGGGGUGAAGGAGGGUCACACAGGAAAUCGAGAGUGUUGUGUGUUGCUUGGUCGGCAGUUGAUGCAGUGAACUAAAAACAGACGUGUUUAAAAUAAAAACAAAAAACAAUAAGAAAAGUGGAUGUUUUCUUGUUUUCAUGUGGGAGACCCCCACCCCCUGCUGAAAACAGUGGGGUCGGCAGUAUUAUAAAGAGACUCCCCGGAUUUCCCUGGCGGGGAGACGUGCGCCAAGUGUGUCCUCGGCGGCUUGUGCGCGGCAGAAGAGCUGGUGGCGUGACGCCGCGGUGGCUGUCGGAUCUUCAACAUGGUGGUGGCGCCCGACGCUCGCGAGGAGGGCGAGGGCACGCAGGGUUGGCGACGACCGAAAACCCGAACUGUCAUGCCCCGGGCAGCCAAUCAUAAGGCGAAUGGGGGCGGGGCCACAAGCAACGGCUCCACCCCCUCCACGCCCAUUGGUCAAGGUCACCAAGUUUCAGCCAAUCAGACACCUUCCACGCCGCCGGAUAUGGCGGCCUCAAAUAAGAAUAAGAAUAAAAAGGAAAAGGAAACCAACAAGAAGAAAGGACGGUCUAAAGAAGUGAUGAUCCAUGAACCUGCAGUGUUGAUUGAAGGAGUUCUGUUCCGUGCUCGGUACUUAGGCUCAACACAGCUGGUCUCCGAAGGCCAGCCCACUAAGACCACUCGGAUGAUGCAAGCAGAAGAAGCAGUUUCACGGAUAAAGGAUGCAGAUGAUGAUAAGGAAGCGCUGGUGGAUAAUCAUGACCCACAACCACCCCCGGGUCCCCCACACUCUGCAAGCCCACAGGAGUCUCCCAUCUCCCAUCACUCUCCCAUACCUCCUCAGACAGCAUUAAAUUCAAGUUCAUCCAAGGAAUAUAAUUCACCCAGGAAUCUGCAUUCCCCAAGAGAUUCAAAAACCUCCAGGCCCCAUCCUUCACCUAGAGCCCAAGCCAAUCCACAGGUAAUUCAUUCACUGCAGACAGGCCAAGGCUACAGCCCAAAGUCUCCUGAAAAUAUGACUUCUAGGAACACCUCAGCUUGGAGACCAAUGCCACGGAUGUCUCAUAGCAUGGCAGCUUGCCCAUAUGUCUCUGAAGGAAAUUCCAAUGUCACAAUUGUGGCUCCUUUACCAACUGGUAUUCUGGAAGAGCCCAUUGGAUCCUCAGAAAAUAUUGUAUCUAUCCUAGAGCCAAAAGAGCCACAACAGCAGCAACAGGCAGAUAUUAGGGAUGGCAAACCCUAUAUUGAAAGUAAGGCAGAUGAGAGGGAAGAUGUUGAUAAUGAUGGUGAAGAGGAGGAGGUGGAGGAAGAGGAGGAGGAGGAGGAGGGAGUAGAAGAAGAUGAAGCAGAAGUGGAAGAUGAAGAGGAUGAGGAAGAUGAAGAUGAAGAGGAGGAGGAAGAGGAAGAUGAAGAGGAGGAAGAUAGAAGAGAUGAUGACCGGAAAGUCAUAAGAGCAGAUGAUGAAACAGAAGGGGAGGGUGAUAAAAAUGAGAGUAUUGACAGUGAAGAUCAGUGCAUAGAAGUCCUGACGGUAGUCCCAGGAGCCAGUGGAACCACCCCAGAGGAUAGGGAUGAGGAACUGGAUAUAGAUGGAGGUGGUGGGAGCUUGGACUGGGUGUCUGAGGAGGGUGGGGGACCAGGGCUUGGUCCUGCUGGGACAGUAUUCCACCUGCGCCUGGUUGGAUCGGUGGAUGUUGCUGAGGAGUCAGGUAAAGCGCCUGCGCGCAAGACUACCACUUGUAAGCGGCCCAAGAAGGAUAUGGUCAUGGAGGCCGUUGCACGUUUAAAGGCGUUGGCCCCUGAUGGAGAGUCACAGCCCAGCACAGAAGUGGAUCUUUUUAUAUCCACUGAAAAGAUCAUGGUGCUGAACACAGACCUGAAAGAGAUCAUGAUGGAUCAUGCCCUCCGUACGAUCUCCUACAUUGCUGACAUUGGAGAUCUCGUUGUUCUAAUGGCAAGAAGGAGAGUUCUGCCCACAGAUGAUACUGGCAACAACAUACAAAAGACACCUAAAAUGAUUUGCCAUGUAUUUGAAAGUGAUGAGGCACAGUUUAUAGCUCAGAGUAUCGGUCAAGCAUUCCAAGUUGCAUACCUCGAAUUUCUGAAAGCUAAUGGCAUAGAAGAUCACAGCUUUGUGAAGGAGAUGGAUUAUCAGGAAGUUCUAAAUUCACAAGAGAUAUUUGGGGAUGAACUGCAAAUGUUUGCCAAGAAGGAGCUGCAGAAAGAGGACCUAUAUAUCACAAAAACGGUUGUGGUACCAAAGAUGAAGAGUGAAAUCUUGGGUGUGGUGGUUGUCGAGUCAGGUUGGGGAUCUAUGGUCCCAACUGUGGUCAUAGCAAACCUCUCACCCACGGGUGCUGCUGCAAAGUGCGGCCAAUUGAACAUCGGUGACCAAAUAAUAGCUAUAAAUGGCGUUUCAUUAGUGGGAUUGCCCCUCUCAACUUGCCAGAACUAUAUAAAGAACACAAAAUAUAACACAGCCGUGAAGCUCACAGUUGUACCCUGUCCACCUGUUGUCGAAGUGAAAAUUCGAAGACCUGACACAAAAUACCAAUUAGGUUUUUCUGUACAAAACGGUGUUAUCUGUAGUCUAUUACGAGGUGGAAUAGCAGAGCGUGGGGGCGUACGUGUUGGUCAUCGUAUUAUUGAUAUAAAUAGUCAGUCUGUGGUUGCUGUUCCUCAUGAAAAAAUUGUAAAUCUUUUGGCUACUUCUGUUGGUGAGAUCCGGAUGAAGACCAUGCCUACUUCAAUUUUCCGCCUGUUAACUGGCCAAGAAACUCCACAGUAUAUAUAGUGCUUCACCUUUUGUGCUGUCCAUGCAUACUAAGUGCCACAGCCAUUCUCUCUCUCUGUGUGGGUGGAUUAGUGUGUGGGUGGAUCCAAAAGGGUGCCAUUCAAAUUAUCUGCACAUUGCUUUCUGACAACCAAAUGUGGCCAGCAUUCUCAUCUCAAAAAACUUGUAUAGUGAAAAUUACACAAAACCUCUUUGAAAAAAGUCCAGUAAAAGCUGGAGGACACUGCUCUCUGCAACAUGAAGAUAUAUGACCUAAAUGAUCAACAUACAAGGAGCCACUCUUUAUUGUUUCCAGAGUAGCACUAUGCUUACAGUAUAUACCAUGUGAAACAUGUUGGUUUGAAAGUAGGGUAUAGGUGGAUAAAUUUUUUGAAAAUUUAGUCUCUAAAUAUAUGAUAGCAUGUUUGGAUUAAGGGCUUGUUUCUUAUAUUCCAUUAAUGGAGGUAAAAAAAAUAUUUUAUACCACAAAAUGAGAAAUGAUUUAAUUUCAUUACUGCAGCACUAAAAUAAAAACUGAAAAGUAAUAAAUGUAAUGACAAUUUGCUUAUUUCUUUGUUUAGUGAAAAGUUUAUGCCCAGAAAAAAUUCAUUAAUAUUUAGAAUAAAAUUGAUCCUUUGUCCCACACUGCUGCCUAAUCAAAUAUCCAGUGGCAAGAGAAUAAUGAAAGGGUUCAAAUCCAAUCUAUGUAUUAUACAUUUUUUUAAAAGUUACUGUAAGAGGAAGCACUGUAAUAAAGAUACUACAGAAUAGAAUACAAAUAAGAGAACAUUAUAAGGAUUGUAAGAAUGAAUGGAAGAGUUCCAGCUGUGUAAUAAAAUUAAUAUUCAAGCUUCUGGCUGUGCUUUGAUUACAUGGCAAAUGGCAAAAAUGGCAUGAUUUUUUCAAUAACAUUGUGAUUUGAAGUGCAUUUAGGCUUUAGAAAUACAUUUCAUUGUGUAACUGGUUUUCCACUUGCAUAGAUUAGGUAAUAUAUAAAAGAAAUGCCUUCAAAUGAAGUACUAUGGUAUCACUAUUAGUUAGGAAUAGCUACUACAAUAUAUAUGGUACCCUUUUAUUUGUGUGUGGAUGUAACAAUUGUAUCAGACAGCUGAGUUCAAUAAGACAAUUCAGCUAACCACAUGAAAAAAAUUAUUUCAUAAGUCAGAGACUGAACAAAAUGUUUCACUUGAAUAAUUUAAACUUUAGCAAACUACUAAGUGUUGCUAAGAAACAGGGAAUAUUUUAUUGUUCUUAGCCUGGGAAAAAUUAUAUUUUUAUUUAGUCCCUAUUAUGAAUAGUCUACUGUGAGCUUAUAUGACCAUUUGAUAUUAAUUACUCAAAGCUAUAGUACCUCGUAAACAGAAAAUUCCUGCAGUUAAAUAAUGCUUUUAAAAUUAAUAUUGAAAGUUCAUAUUUUUUACUUUAUUCUUAUUAUUCCUUCAAAAUAUAAGUUAGUUAUAUUUUCACAGUCACUGCACAAGUAUUUUAGUUCAAAGUGUAAAUUUGCUUCUGUCCAGGGAAAACUCCGCAAAACUGACAAAGUAUAGUAUCUGAGAGUAUUGUGAUGGUAAGUAAAUGACUGUAUAUCAUAAACAAAGAAAAGAAUAUAUAUACAUAUAUACAAUAUAUGCAGCCAAAUUUACUUUGCCUUUAUUUGAAGGUAAUGACUUGAAAGUUGUGCAUACAAUUUUCCCUUUCCUGAUAAUUAAAAUUUAAGUUUAUAUAGAGGAGCAUAUCAUUAAAACCAAUAUAAACCCUUGCAGGACUCAACUUAUUUGCCACUGAGCUCAUAAUUGUAGAGGAGUUCAGUGGGCUGGUGGAAGAUAAUGUCAGGCUCAUUUUACUCUUGUGUAAAGUCACUUGGUUGUGCCAGUAUUUCUAAUGAAUUUAGUAUACCUUUUCCACUGCAGGAUACUUUUAACUUAUAGGAUCAAAUGUAUGUAUGCAUAAUUAUUUUAACAUAUUCCAGCUCUCAUGGAACUGCCCACUCUUUUAGCAUAUAGUCCUGGAAUUAAACUUUUAUGUAAACUGAUGAGUGAAAUACUCAAAAGUAAAGAUAGCUUACCAUUAUCUUCCAACAGUCUACAGCAUUGUGUACUGUGUUGCCUUUGUGCCUGAUAAGGAAGAGCAAGUAAGCUGUACAGUGUACAUGGAGUCUCAACAAUAAAUUUGUGAUGGUAGGGAAACCUCUGUACAGUAUAUAUAUAGUGCUAUCAGGUUUGUCUUAUUUUUAUUAUAACUUAGGUAAGACAUGAGUAGACUUACCCAUGUUCAAUAUUUAUAAUGUCCACAUUGUGUUCUGUAUGUAGUAUUUUCCUCAAGUUAUUCUGAACAUCUUACAUUAUGAGUGCACAAGCUGUCAGGUGAAGUACUUAUGAUGUACAUAAUGCUCUAUAUGACUUCAAAUAUAUCACUAUAAUUAUUUAAUGAGGUAUUGCUUCAGAGUACAGAAUUUCUCUGCUUGCUUCUCUGUAAUUUGAUGCAUUUUAAGAACUUUGGAAACCUCAAGGUGAGAGAUUCACUCCCAUGGAGAAAGGCCUUGAGAUUUCAUAUACUGUUUAAAAUGUUCUCAAAUGUCUUGAUGGAUGACUUGAACGUAUAAACAACAGUGGCAGAGGAAUGUAUUUACUCAUGUAUCUAGUACUAAAUCAUAUAACAGUAUAUAUGAAAAAGUUUCCAUUACAUAAUCAGAGUGUCAGCAUGUAAUUGCAGCUCCUUAUUGAGACCUGUAAAAAACUGUCAUUAUUUCAAAAAAUCCAAAAUGCAGAUUUCCUUGAGUUUUGUAUUUAGCAAUAGCACAUAAAAAUGCUAAACUUAAUUAAUUGCUAAACUAUCAGCAAUACUGUCAUUUCAUGAAGGUAAACCUUCAAAUGUAAUCCUAAAUUUCAUGUUUAAACUAAAAACUGUGUCUUAUAUAUAUAUGUAUAUAUAUAUAUAUAUAUAUAUAUAUAUCUGUAAGGCAGAGUGUAAGGUUAUGCAGCAUUAAGCACCAAACUUUUGAUUGCACUACCAUCAUGUAUGUGGUCAGUUCACAGCAAAGUUGAAUCAGCUCAUGCACUGCAGUUCAGCUGAGCGGUAUUUUCUAGGAGGUGACCAUGAUUCCAAAUGUAAUGCUUACCUUACACUCUCUCUUCUCAGGAAUUCAUUUGGUGCAUUUAAAAUCUUCACUUGGGGAAAAAAGAAAGAUGGAAAACAAUAGUUUCAUACCAACUGCCAUACUAUGAAUUGGCUCUCUGUAGUCCGAGAACAGGAAUAUGCUCUUCUACAAUUUCUGCCUCGUGAUCAUGUCUUAAAUGUAUCUGUUAUAAUAAUGAGUUAUGAAACCAAAGGAUGAGAUCAGUAAUAACAUUAGGAAAACUUUUGUGAUGUCACCACGUUGUGUGCCAUAUGUACUGAAGUCUGUUCUGCCAGUCAGUUCUUAAUAAAAUGGUUGUUAAACACA